CUUCAGAAUGGACCCGAGUGGAGGAAAAGCCGUUAGUUUGUAACGUCAGGGGAGAAAGUCCGACCGUCCAUGUCUUCAACACAGACAUCAAUACGCUGAUAAAAGUUAGUGGCAGCAAUGUCGAGAGAAAACACCACCAGGAGCCUGGACAGCAUAGACCUCGCCGCUUUACGAGAUCCAGCAGGCAUCUUUGAGCUGGUUGAGGUGGUUGGCAAUGGAACCUAUGGUCAGGUGUACAAGGGUCGUCAUGUCAAGACAGGUCAACUGGCAGCUAUUAAAGUCAUGGAGGUCACAGAGGAGGAAGAAGAGGAGAUAAAGCUCGAGAUCAACAUGUUGAAAAGUUAUUCUCACCACAGAAACAUUGCUACAUAUUAUGGCGCCUUUAUUAAGAAAGGCCCUGCUGGACAGGACCACCAACUCUGGUUAGUGAUGGAGUACUGUGGAGCUGGCUCUGUGACAGAUUUAGUCAAGAAGACCAAGGGAAAUUGUUUGAAAGAAGACUGGAUUGCUUACAUCUGCCGAGAGGUGCUCAGGGGCCUUUCCCAUCUUCACUCCCAUCAUGUGAUUCACCGAGACAUAAAGGGCCAAAAUGUUUUGCUCACAGAGAAUGCCGAAGUCAAACUGGUUGACUUUGGCGUGUCGGCUCAGCUGGAUAAGACGAUCGGCAGGAGGAACACUUUCAUCGGUACUCCCUAUUGGAUGGCUCCCGAGGUCAUCGCAUGUGAUGAAAAUCCAGAAGCCACAUAUGACUACAGGAGUGACCUGUGGUCUUUAGGCAUCACUGCUUUGGAGAUGGCUGAAGGAGCACCUCCGCUGUGCGACAUGCAUCCAAUGAGAGCGCUGUUUUUGAUUCCUCGAAACCCUCCACCUAAACUGAAAUCAAAGAAAUGGUCAAAGCGUUUCUUGUCAUUCGUCGAUAGCUGUCUGAUCAAGAACCAUCUGCAUCGACCCACCACGGACACCCUGCUGAGACACGCCUUCAUCAGAGACCUGGCUAAUGAGAGACAAGUUCGCAUCAUGCUCAAAGAUCACCUAGACAGAACUAGGAAGAAGCGAGAAAAAGAGGGUCCAGAGUAUGAGUACAGUGGCAGUGAGGGGGAGGAGGAUGAAGUCACAGAGGAAGAAGGAGAACCCAGCUCCAUAGUGAAUGUUCCUGGCGAAUGGACGUUACGACGGGAGUUUCUUCGUUUACAGACUGAAGAUCGUGAAGGAGGCAGAGAGGGAGGUCACGGAGGAGGUGGAGGUCAACAGAGACAACAAGCAUUACAGCAGCACAGGCAGCAGUUGGCAGAACAGGAACGAUUAAAGCAGCAGUUUCUGGCUGACAGACAGAAGAGGAUCCAGCAGCAACAAGAGCAGCGACAAAAGCUAGAGGAUCAGCAGAGGCAGCAUCUGACAGAUUGCGCCUUUCAGUGGGCGGAGCUUCAGGAGAUCUUCCUUGGGGAGGAGUCUGAUCUCCAUGACAACAGAAUCUCACUGGAUGAGAGAAACAGGAGAAGUGACAGGAGACAGGACCAGGCAGGCAGACAGCGGAGUGCUGAUGUGUUGGUGAGGCCUCUGGACUCCACAGCAGAGCAGAGAGCGGCUCCAAAUCAGCUGCUUCAGCAUAAGGCCCAGCACUCCCAGCACUCCCAGCACUCCCAGCCUCCGCUACAGCCGCAAGCCAAGCCCCAGCCUCUGGCCCAGCAUCAGCAGCCCUCAGCGGGCAGGAGAUCCCACCGCACCCUGCCCAAGGACCAAACCCAGCUCCUGUCGCUGCAGCACGACCACAGACACAGGGACAGAGAGAGGCAGAGGCAGAGAGAGACGCCUGUGGCAGCUGUCCAGAAGCGAACAGCUAAUAGUGGGAACCCGGCUGCUACCGCUGCUACCGCUGCUGCUGCUGCUGCUGCCGCCUCGCCCAGCCACCCUGCAAACAGCCAGCGCUCAGCGAUGGACUUCCAGGAAUCAAACUUAGCCAGGUUGCUUUUGGCUGCCGGCCUGCCCAGCCAGAUGCACUCAAGGCUGGGCUCUGGAAGCAGCUCUAGUCCUUGUACCCCGGCCAUGCAGAGAGCUCACUUCAGCCAGAAUGCCAACCUUCGCUCCAGUCGAGAUGCCCAUCACAGCAGCUCUAUGUCAGACAUGGCCCUCUCGCCCUUGUCCCCAUUUUCCCCCUUGUCCCCAACUGACAGUGUCUUCUGGGACUCUGUGGAGACUCCACCUAAAGUUCCAGAACGCACUACCUCAAAGUUUUACUGCAGAGAGCUGGUGAUGGGACACAAGCGGGCCGCUUCAAGUGGCAGUCCAGUGUCUAUAACAGAAAAAAGUGGAAGGUCUCAUGGAUUCUCCUCACCAAGCAGCAACCACCCAGGCUACUUCAAGCUGGAGAGUCCUCUGCUUCAACACCGUCUGCAACAGCACAAGAAGACAGAUAACAGUGGGCACACACAAGGACUCAAACCUGCUCUGGGUCGACUCAACAAGGCCACAGAAUACUCCUCCUCUAGUGACGAGGUUGGCAGCAGUGAUGACGAAGACAGAAACAGGUCUGGCCUGUCCAAUGGCAAAGGGAAAUACUUCAGAGGAAUACCUGAUGGCAUCGUCCUGCAGCCUCACCACAAUCUCAACCAGCUUUCUUGGUUGGGUUCAGAUGAUACCUACCUGCUACCAGACCUGCUGCAGAAAACCUCUUCCUCCAGUCCUCUGCAUAACGCACUGGGAAAGCAGCAGCGAACUCGUGAACUCAGCUACUCUCGAUCACCCUCAGCCCCCGGAUCCCCCACACACCAGGAACUACAUGCUGUCAGCAGUCCUACUGGUAAAGGCACACCUUCAUCUUCAUCUUCCUCCUUCAUGUCCUUCAUUGAUCCAAGAUUGAUCCCCAUAUCAACGCCACCACAGAGCCCCACGGGCAUCAAAGGUGAACCAUUGAAGAGAGAGAACCACAGGAAGGGCUCUGUGGUGAACGUGAACCCAACCAACAUUCGACCACAGAGCGACACUCCAGAGAUCCGCAAGUACAAAAAGAAGUUCAACGCUGAGGUUCUCUGUGCUGGACUAUGGGGUGUGAAUCUGUUGGUGGGGACAGAAAAUGGGCUGUGGUUGCUGGAUCGAAGUGGUCAGGGGAAAGUCUACUCUCUCAUCAGCAGACGGAGGUUUCAGCAGAUGGAUGUGCUGGAAGGACUCAAUGUACUGAUUACUAUAUCAGGGAAAAAGAACAAGCUGCGUCUCUACUACCUGUCCUGGUUAAGGAAUAAAAUCCUCCAUAAUGACCCUGAGGUGGAGAAGAGACAGGGCUGGACAUCAGUAGGUGACCUUGAGGGCUGUGUCCACUACAAAGUGGUGCGUUACGAGAAGAUAAAGUUCUUAGUGAUAGCACUAAAGAAUGCUGUGGAGGUGUAUGCCUGGGCCCCAAAACCAUACCAUAAGUUCAUGGCCUUCAAGUCGUUCAGGUCUCUGCCUCAAAAACCGCUGUCUGUUGACCUGACGGUGGAGGAAGGUCAAAGGUUGAAGGUCAUCUACGGCUCUUUGUCUGGUUUUCACGCCAUUGACGUGGACUCUGGAACACCAUACGACCUCUACCUGCCUACACAUAUCCAGGGUUCUAUUCGUCCCCAUGCCAUCAUCAUUUUGCCAAACAAAGCUGGAACAGAGGUUCUGGUUUGCUAUGAAGACGAGGGCGUCUACAUCGACACCUAUGGCCGAAUCACCAAGGACACGGUGCUGCAGUGGGGGGAGAUGCCUGCAUCUGUCGCCUACCUUCAGUCUAACCAAGUGAUGGGUUGGGGAGAAAAGGCCAUCGAGCUGCGAUCAGCCAACACUGGGAACCUGGAAGGAGUUUUCAUGCACAAAAAGGCUCAGAAACUCAAGUUCCUGUGUGAAAGGAAUGACAAGGUGUUCUUUGCUUCAGUGCAGUCGGGAGGCAGCAGUCAGAUUUACUUCAUGACUCUCGGACAGAACUCGCUCUUCAACUGGUAACAACCGGAGCUGUUAACUCUGGGAUCAGCUGGUGGGGUGUGCCAUCGUUAAUCUGCCUGGUGACGCCUUUCAGGACUUCUUGCUGACUGAUGUUGAUCUUCAUGAGUAACGGACGCUAUACUUGGAUCUAUUCCUCCAUCCAUUUCUCAGUCUUAUCUAGUUUUCGUGUAAAUGUGUAGAUAUAUACAUGGUUGAGGAGAAAAGCUUGAAUCCGUCACUCCAUCCUUGACUACUGACACCUGAUCACGGCUCCUUUAGCUGCAGCAACACGCACAUCUGGACCUAAUAUUCAGCAUAAAAGAGCUUCAGAUUGCUUCCACCUCAUCCGUCCACAGUGCAGUGCCAAUGUCUGUAAUGUGAAAGGCUCACUGAGCAUUUUCACAAAUGAAACAACUGAGUGUUUCUCAUGGCUUCAGCACCAGUGUUUUCUGUGGCAUUAUAUCCAGAUCUACCUGAAGAAAAACUGGAUUUGGAUGACUGUGUUCCAUGUUCCACUCAGCCCUCCUGGAUCAGUUAACUGCUUUGGUUGUGUCAGUUAAUUGUGCGUCUAUCACGUCUUCAUUCAGAUUUGCUUAACAGUUGCCAGCUGUGAUGUUUACUGGAUCAUCUGCUUCCUUUUCAUCUGAUGAAGUCAUUCUACCUGGAUUUUUUUCUCCUGCAUGGACCAGAGGAGUCAUGUUGGUGUUUAAAUGUCCUUCAUUCACCCUGUGAGCAUCAUGUGUCAAAGACUCCAAGUAGAACAGCUACUUCAUGUCAUUCCACAUUUUAUCUCAAGUUAUGUCCCUUUAAUCAGUUUCCGUAUCCGAGAACAGUCUGUCUGUGAUAUCUCAAAACUGUUCGAUAUUCCUGAAACCCUUUAGUUGAGUUUAGUUUUCGCAUUACUGCUAUAAUCAGAAGUUAUUAACCCAAACAAGUGAUAAUAUUACAGCCCUUAUGUUGGUAAUUUCCGUGAAGUAAUACGUAAGAAGUAUUUCCUUUUUCUUUGCUGGUUAAAAUUUCAAGUCAGUAUUAUUACUUAAAAAGAUCAGCACAAUUUUAGGCUUUAUUUUUAAUUGCAAGCAGAAAGUCAGUCUCUCUCAUUUGCUAAUUGUGAAAUAGAUCAGACAUGUAUAUAUACAGGAGGUCCUCGACUUAAGUCGUAGUUCCAUUCCUGCAGAUCGAUGUAAGUCAAUUUUCGCCGUAAGUCGGAACUCCGGUGAAAAUGAAAACAAAGCCGUUACGUGCAUCACGUUAUGAUCAGUUCUUCGGAAAAGUCAUGAACACCAACGACUUUCAUGCACGUAUGAGUCAUUUUACAAGAAGAUAACAGAACAUGUUCCACUGUUUUUACAACUUGAUCUAAUAAUGCCGAUGUUCGUCGGUGUUUCGCCCUGUUCCGAAUGUUUAUUUUAUCUCAUUUCACUUCCAUGGAGAUGGCUUUCCUGUUCUUUGAAUUAAUGCCAUUAGAAGAGUCUGGCUUACACUUGGGAGUCAUAAUGAAGUUCAAAAAAUUAGCGAACGCAGCACAAUCCAAGGUGGCGUACAACCGGAGAAUGUAAACAAAGCCAUCUUACAGCACCGUGUGACCAUGUAUUCGUCCGCUCUGCUCGCCAACUAGUUUCACGUAACCAGUUCCGACGUAACGAGAAAACACCGUAGGUUGAGGACAUCGUAAGCCGAGGCCCCCCUGUGUAUAUGUGUGUAUAUGUAUAUAUAUAUAUAUAUAUAUAUAUAUGUGUGUGUGUGUGUGUGUGUGUGUGUGUGUGUGUGUGUGUUUGUGUAUAUGUG